CCGGCUGUGCCGGGCGGGCGCGCUCCAGCGGGGGCGGGUUGGCGGCGGCAGAGGCACCAUCCCGAGGCCGCUUGCUUGAGCUCCUGCCGCAGAGGGAGGCGGGGAGCCAGACGCGCCGCUCCCCUCCGCGCGCGGGCGGCGGCCGCUGCCAGGAUGCCUCGGGAGCGCGGCGGCAGCUGGCUGCUCCCCGCGCUGCUGCUCCUGCCGCCGCUCUGCGCGCCGGCUUUGGCUAUAAGUGUAGCUGCUGAAGAUGCAAAGGAACAGAUUGAGCGACUGGUAUCACAGGAGUCUGAAAAAAGUGGAAAAUCAAAUAAAAUAAACAUAGAAUUACAAGAAAUUGUAUUUGUCAUCCAGAGUCAAAGUAACUCUUUUCAUUCAAAAAGAGCAGAAGAUUUAGAGCGCAAUAUUUUAAAACAGGCUGAAGAGCUUGGAAAGGAAUUACCUAGAGUUCUGCUUAUUCAUCAGAUGGACAGACAUGAUGGUGCAUGGACCAUACUACCAUUAAUGCACGACUUCUCUGCUUCCUAUGGUAGAAACUCCUCAUGGAUUUUCUUCUGUGAAGAAGAUACAAGAAUACAAAUUGUUAAGCUGCUGGAAACACUUAGAAGAUUUGACAAGUCUAAGGAAUGGUUCUUAGGAAAAGCGUUGUAUGAUGAAGAAUCUACAAUAAUACAUCAUUAUGCCUUUGCUGAAAAUCCUACAAUCUUUAAAUUUCCAGAUUUUGCUGCUGGCUGGGCACUUAGCAUUCCGCUUGUAAACAAGCUUGCAAACAAGCUGAAAAGUGAACCACUUAAGUCAGACUUUACAAUAGAUUUAAAACAUGAGAUUGCAUUAUAUAUUUGGCAGAAAGGCAAUGGACCACAUCUUACUCCAGUGCCUGAGUUUUGUACGGAUGACUUGAACUCAUAUAAGGCUGUUAACUGUGCCACAAUGUUCAGUAACUUCCUACCAGUUUGCGGAGACCCAGUGAAGAAAGAGGAUAUCUUUGUUGCUGUAAAAACAUGCCGAAAAUUUCACAGAGACAGAAUACCGAUUGUAAAGCAGACCUGGGAAGGUGAGGCUGCCAUUGUUGAAUAUUAUAGUGAUUAUGCAGAGACCUCCAUUCCUACUAUAGAUUUAGGAGUACCUAAUACUGAAAGAGGUCAUUGUGGGAAGACUUUUGCCAUUUUGGAAAGAUUUUUGAAUCACAGCUCUUCCAAAACACCAUGGUUAGUCAUUGUGGAUGAUGACACCUUAAUAAGUAUCUUUAGGCUCCGGAAAUUACUCAGCUGCUAUGACCCAAAUGAACCAGUGUUUCUUGGAGAGCGUUAUGGCUACGGAUUGGGAACAGGAGGAUAUAGUUAUAUCACUGGCGGAGGAGGGAUGGUUUUCAGCAGAGAAGCAAUUCAAAAACUACUUGCUAGUAAAUGCCAGUGUUACAGCAAUGAUGCUCCAGAUGAUAUGGUCCUUGGAAUGUGUUUCAGUGGUUUAGGAAUCCCCAUAACACAUUGUCCACUUUUCCAUCAGAUCUGCGAUGUGACUUUUUGCCAGGAAAUCAUCUUUUUAGAUUACUACAUACCAAUAAAAAAUUGGUAAAAAUACCUUUUUCCAUCGUCAGACAUUUGAUUCCUGAUGAUAGAGCAAGCAAAAUAUGAAUGAUUAUCAUUUUUUAUUUCCUAAAAUUAAUGGCUACCUGUACUAUAUUUUUUAAAUAGGUGUAAAUAUAUAUUUAAUUAUAUAGGGUCACAUUGUGUCUUAUUCUGUAUGCUCAGGCAACAAGUAAGAAGGCAUAAAGUGCUCUUUUCCUUCUUAGUGCAAGUGUGCUGUACCACUGAUUGCUGCAUAUGUGGAUAAACAGUCUCCACAGAGCUGCAGCAUUCUCCACUCACACAGAUGGGUGAAGGAGCAGUGGAGCCUUGUCUCUGCCCAUCAGUGUGCCCAGCAGUCUAGUUAUGCAAGGGCAUGGGGAGUAUAUGCUGCAACAAGUAUAGAUAGACUGACCCAUCGCAGUUUACUUCCUCACAGGAGUAGCAGGGAGGAGGGGCAAUAGAUUGUGACUCCUUGAGUUACAGACUCCCUCUUGGGUUCCUGUCUGCAACAACUCUGCCCUUUACUCUGGGACAGAUUGCAAACUGAUGAUCAGGCUGGACACACAACAGGCUGCUAUGUUUAGACACACAUGCUUGGCUUAUAUGCUCUUAAACUCCUCUUGCUCCCUAGGUAGGCUUCAGGCACCACCUCUGGCUUAGCAUUUGGGCACUGUAAAAAAUAUCUAACUAGCACGGUUGGUGAUAAUUGUAUACAGUAAUUGAGUCCCCAGAGCAUGAAAUAAAGGAAAAUAGAGAAAGCGCAAUCAGGAGAGUAGUAUAUAAGCAUCUAUGAUGAUAUACAGAGUCAUACAUUUUAAGUCAGAGUUAUCUAAAGUAAUCUGAAAUAUAAAGAAUGUUGUAAUUAAUACAGAUGCAGUUAAAGCAAAUUUGUUCCUUAUCAAACAGCAGAGGGUUUAUAUAAAUUUCAAAGUAAAACUACUGAAAGAGGGUUUUUUGCCAGGCUCAAGUGAGAGUAGUUCAAUAAUUGUCUAUGUCAAAAUAAAUUUCUUAAGGUCAUCAAAUCCAUAGAUAUUCUCCAAUGCUGAGAUUUUCAAAGUGCCUCAGGGUAUUAGACUCCCUCUUGGCUCUUCAGUGGUUGUUUUGUUUUUUAAAUAACUUAAAUAUCAAAGAAGAAAAUCCCAAGAACAGGAUUUUGUUAAUGUCAAAUUGUAUUACCUGAUUGUAGGAAAGGAAUAUACAAAGUAUGGCAUGAAAGCGCUAUGGAGCAUUCAUUAAUACAUCCAUCAGUAAUGAAAGCAUACAAUAGCUUGUAAAUCAAUUUUUAGCUUAGCUUCCUUAAUAUGCUGUUCUCCUUUUCUCUUAUGUUUGUUACUGUAGAAAAAGAAAAACAUUUUUACAUUAGUUAUUUCUUUGUCAGCAAGACACUAAAGUGUUGAGAGAGAAUAAAAUCUUAUUUUGGGAGUUUAUAUACAUUUUUACUGAAAUCCUCUUUAGUAUAAAUCUAAUUGCAAAGGACGAAUUUAAAUAUUUUAAUCGGAACAACUGCAAUUGAAACCUGUUUUACAUAAGUGCUUUGCUCAUAUUCCAUUGAAUUCUUGUAGGGAAAAUCAUAGAAUCACAGAAGAUUAGGGUUGGAAGAGACC